AUGCUUCAGGUUCGCUUGCUUCCUUUUCAGUCCAAUAAUACAGAUAAAAUAUCUUCCCCCACUGGUUUCCCCACAGCAGCCUUUAGCAAUGAAAUUAUUGGUCCUUUCAAGGUGAAGGGUCCAGGGGUUGGCCUGCUUGGUUUCUCCAAAGGAGCCGAAGUGUCCCUUGCCAUGGCUGCCUUCCUGAAGAACAUCUUGGCUGUUGCUUCCCUCAAUGCCCCUGUUGCUGUUACAUUGAUUCCUCUCUCUUACAAAGAUAAAAUCAUCCCCACUGUGACUUAUAUGAACAAGGCCAAGGCCACCAAUUCCAAAUUUCUUGAUUAUUCUGAUGUCAUUGAUGAUCCCUUUCAAGCCCCUGGCAACCAAAGCCGGAUCCCACUAGAGAAAGGUGAGGCACAGUUUCUAUUCAUGGUGGGCCAAGAUGACCGUGUUGUCAAAAGUGAGUAUUAUGCUACUGAAGUCUGCAAGCUUCUGCAAGCUCAAGGGAAGGAAAAUUUUCAGAUUCUCUCCUACCCUGGAACAGGGCACUGCAUAGACCCACCCUUUUUCCCUUUGUACCACACAGGAAGCCACCCUGUUUUUCACAAGCAAGCAGUCCUGGGUGGAGAGCUCAGGGCUUAUUCUAAAGCUCAGGUUCAUGCUUGGUCACAGAUCCAGGCAUUUUUCAAAAAGUAUUUAAUUGUUAACUAA